AUGUCUGUUGAGCCGUUAGUCUUCAUGCCUGUGGAUAGUUGGGUUGAACUGAAGUCAGUGUUGAAAUCGGAUUGGCCAAGAAGCAUUCUGGGUGUGCUAGUAUUAGAAAAUCAAGAGUCACUUUUGAAAUCAGGUGUCGUUUACGACUUUAAAGUGUAUUGCCCUUUUGGGGAUGUCAAUAAUGGAAUGGUUGCACUUAAUAUUAAGGAUACAUAUUACGAUGUUAUCAUCCAAUGUCCCAAAGAUGAUACCCGAGUAUUGGAAGAAGCCCUGAAAUCCACUAAUAUCGUUGACUGGAAGAAAUGUGAACAGAUACCGGCCCUACCCAAUCAUAUACUGGAUUGUGUGAGACGGUUAUAUUCAGCGAAGAAUCUCAAAAUAGACCCAAUAGAGAACAUAUCAAGGGCGGAUACGUUUGUUUUAGAUAAAGGAACACUUCCUUUCGAUGUUAGAUUACCUCUCGGACAUUCCUUCGAUUUGUUGUCCCUGGAUUCCAAACCAUUGAUCAACGAAACUUGGCCUCACAAAUACCCUGGCUCCGAAUUGUACUACGAGCUUUUAAUCAAAGCCAAGUUAGGCUAUGGUCUCUACAAUGGAAAAGAGCUAAUAGCGUGGGUCUUUCUCAGGGAAUUAGGCUGUCUAGGACACCUAUACACACUGGAAAAGCAUAGAAGAAAAGGCUACGGAGUAUUAGUUCUGAAACUAAUAUCAAAUAUACUUUUAAAAGAUAAAAAAUAUACGGUGGCGUACUGUGCAACUGUUAAUAAGAAUGCUGCCAAUUUAUACAGGAAACUAGGCUUUCAAAAUCUUCUGGAAAUAGAUUGGUGUCAUUUUUUUUGA